AUGGUCAACAUGUUCCUGGGAGGAGGCGGUGGCAUGGAUCCAGAGACUGGAGCGGGAGCCGAGGCUGCUGGUUUGGAUGCUGGGAUGUUUGGUUUGGCCGAGCCUCUCCUUCCAGGGUUUUCAGGUUUGGAAGGCUCGGAGUGUGAACCAUUGGAAGGGGUCACGUUCAAAUUAGACGGACAGGGGAUUAUGGAUGCAGGAGCGAGCCAGGGUUCUUUGUUUGACUCUCAUGGAAGUGGUCAACUACAGUUUUCAGCAUGGGAACAGAAUGCAGGUUUGAGAGGUCACGUGGAAGGGAGGGAAGGUAGAAGGGAUGCGAUGGAGGAGACACGGCAGCAGGAGCGAGAGCAAGAAGAUCGGGAGCAACAGAGGAGGCUGCAGCAGGAGAGGGAGUUGGAGAAGCAGAGGGAGUUGGAGAGGCAGAGGGAGUUGGAGAGGCAGAGGGAGUUGGAGAAGCAGAGGGAGUUGGAGAGGCAGAGGGAGUUGGAGAGGCAGAGGGAGUUGGAGAGGCAGAGGGAGUUGGAGAGGCAGAGGGAGUUGGAGAGGCAGAGGGAGUUGGAGAGGCAGAGGGAGUUGGAGAGGCAGAGGGAGUUAGAGAAACAGGAGCAGCAGAGGGAGCUGGAGAAACAGAGGCAACUGGAGCUUGAGAAACAGAGGCAGCUAAAGCUUGAGAAACAGAGGCUGGAGAAACAGGAGCAGCAGAGGGAGCUAGAGAAACAGAGGUUGAGGGAGUUGGAGAAACAACGGCAAUUGGAACUGGAGAGAAGGGAGCAUCAGAGGAAGCUGGAGCAGCAGAGGUUGUUGGAGGAACAGAGGCAGAGGGAGUUGGAAAAGCAGCAGCAGUUGGAGUUGGAGAAACAAGAGCAGCAGAGGAAGCUGGAGCAGCAGAGGCAGAUGGAGCAGCAAAGAGAGUUGGAAAAACAGAGACAGCGGGAGUCGGAGAAACAGAGGCAGUUAGAGUUGGAGAAGCAGGAGCAGCAAAGGAAACUGGAACAGCAGAGGGAACUGGAGAAACAGCGGAAAUUGGAGCUUGAGAAACAGGAGCAGCAGAGGAAGCUGGAGCAGCAGCGAGUGUUAGAGGAACAGAGGCAAAGAGAGUUGGAGAAAAAGGAACAGGACAGGAAGCUGGAGCAGCAGAGGGAGCUGGAGAAGCGGAGGCAGAGGGAGUUAGAGAAACAACGGCAAUUGGAGCUUGAGAAACAGGAGCAGGAGAGGAAGCUGGAGCAGCAGAGGGAGCUGGAGAAGCGGAGGCAGAGGGAUUUAGAGAAACAACGGCAAUUGGAGCUUGAGAAACAGGAGCAGGAGAGGAAGCUGGAGCAGCAAAAGCAGUUGGAGGAACAGAGGCGGAUUGAAUUGGAGCAGCAGAGGGAGCUCGAGAAACAAAGGCAGAAGGAGUUGGAGAAACAGCAGCAACUGGAGCUGGAGAAACAGGAGCAGCAGAGAGUGUUGGAGGAACAGAGGCAGAAGGAGUUGGAAAAACAGGAGCAGCAGAGGGAGGUGGAGAAACAGCGGCAAUUGGAACUGGAUAAACAGGAGCAGGAGAGGAAGCUGGAGCAACAGAGGGAGCUGGAGAAACAGGAGCAGCAGAGGAAUUUAGAGAAGCAAAGGAAAGAGGGUGUUGAGGACGAAAAGGAGGAAGCAGAAGUGGCGGACGUUGGCAGGGGGGUUGCAGAUGAGGAGAAGAAGGUUGGGUUUAAGUCUGGCACGCUGCAACGUGCAGAAGAGGAGGAACGGAUGGAAGAGGAGGAGGAGGAGGAUGAUAUAGAGGACUGGGUGUGUGGCACGGAGAAAAGAUACCGGAGAUUGAGCGAAGAAGAUAAAAAGUUGGAGCAGCAGCAGGGAAGGGGUGGUGGCGAUAGUGGGGCAAGGAUGGGCAAGAGAGAGGCGGUGUUGGGCGAGGAAAGAGCGGGGAGGAGAAAGAAGCCCAAGAGAAGGAAGCUGGCGGAGUGGCUGCCGACUCAGGCAGUGAAGGGUGGGGAGCAGGACAGGGAACAGGUAGAUGAGAGUGGUGGUGGUGGUGGUGACGCGCAUCAGCCUUGCAAUGUGGAAGUGGGAGGGGAUCCUGCUGGUGAGGUGCGCCCAGCACAAGUGGUGGAUGAAGAAAGGCCUCCAGAUGCUGCUUCUGAGGUGCCCUUGAAAGACACAGGACAUGAGAGGCUCAAGAAGACAGAAGAGGCAGAGGAGUGUGCUGCUGGGGUGCUUGCGGAACCUGCUGCUGAGGAGCGGAAGGAGGGGCAGGUGGAAGAGUUACCAGAGUCUGCUUCGGUGGCUCCUCUGAGUGGACAAGGGGAAGUGGUAGAGGAGUGUGUUGCUGCAGUGCUUAAGGAAUCAGCUGUUGAGGAGGACAAGGAGAGGCAGGUGGAAUCAGCAGUGGUGUAUCUUUCUGAGGCGAAUCAAACUUGCAAGGCGAGGCAAGGAAGAGAUCAGGAGCAGAGGGCGAAGGAAGAUGAGGAGGCGAGGGAGAUGGAAACUCUUGGCAGAACCUCUGUCGAUGCUGCUGCUGCUGCUGCUGCUUCUGCUUCUGCUGCAGCACCUUCUGUUGCUUCUGUCACUGCUGCAGAGGCAGAAGCCCCGGAGCCAUCUCCUGCCCUGGAGCCAUCUCCUGCCGCUGAGCCAUCUGCUGCCCCGGAGCCAUCUCCUGCCCCUGAGGAAUCUCCUGCCCCUGAGGAAUCUCCUGCCCCUGAGGAAUCUCCUGCCCCUGAGCCAUCUGCUGCUUCUGAGCCAUCUCCUGCCCCUGAGGAAUCUGCUGCUCCUGAACCAUAUGCUACCCCUGAACCAUCUUCUGUUAUUGAUCCUGCUCUUGAAUCACCUGUUGGGGAAACGGAUGACGGGGGAAAGGAGGGAAGGGAGGGAAUUGAGAAGGAGAGUAAAAGGGAUGUUGGAGGGAUGGCAGAGAGCGAUAAGGAGGGGAGGAGGGCGCAGAGCAGUGAAGUGAAUGCGAGGGAAGAAGAGAGAAGAGCGGAGGGGAGAAGAGUGGAGGAGAGAGAGAACGGGCAGGCAGAAGAGUUAAGUGAAGAGGGGAGUGAUGGGAGGGAAGAGGGAGGAAGAGAAGAGGAGGGGAGAGAUGAGGGGAAAGACGAGGAGGUGGGAGAAGAGGACGGGAUAGAAGAGGAGGGGAGAGAAGAGGAGAGAAGAGAUGAGGAGGUGCAAGAGGAAGAGUGGAGAGAGGAUGGAAGGGAAUUGGUGCCUGGGGCGAGAGUGUACAGGAGAAGGGCGAAAGGGGAGAAGGUUGGCAGGCUUGCCAGACGAAUCAGGAGGAUCAAAGAGGAAGAGACGAUGGGAGAGUUGGAGAGUGCAGUGGCGACAGUGGAAAGGAGAAAUCGUGAGAAAAGGAAGAAUGGGCAGGAGAUGAAAGAGUCUGCUGCAGCAGCAGCAGCAGGAGUGCAGGUCCCCCCAGUAGACGUGAGCACAGUACAGCCGCCCUCAGCACAGCCUUCCCCAGUAUUACCUCCCCCUCUGGACGGGCCGGCCGGUUUGUCUCUUGUGCUGGCCCUGUCUGCUUUGGAUGUGGUUCUGGGAAAGGGGCGGUCCGGGGGGGCUAGAGAACAGGGAGAGAAAGCCGGGAGGGGCAUUCAAGUGGGGGAUACUGGGAGGAGCGGGAGGAGUAGGAGGAGUGGGAGGAGUGGGAAGAAGGAGAAGGGGAGGACGAGGAGUGAAAGGGCGGCAAGGAGUAGGCGUGGGGGGAAGAGGAGGACGAAGGCGUGGGAAGAGGAGGAUGAGGAGGAGGAAGAGGAAGAAGAGGAAGAGGAGGAGGAAGAGGAGGAGGAAGAGGAGGCGGAGGGGGACGAGGAGGAAGGGAACGAGGAGGAGAAGGAGAGGGUUGCAGUCGGGAAGGGGGGUGAAGUAGACAAAGGGGCUGAAUUAGAGGAGGGGGGUGUGGUAAAGAGGGUGGAUGUAUCAAAGGAGGGGGUUCAAGUAGAGAAGCAAGGGAGUGAGGAGGAGGAGAAGAGAGUGGAGGCAGAAGAGGAGGCGGAGAAAGUGGUUGGUAGUGACGUGGCUGAAAGGGGUGGGAUGACAACUGUUGAACUGUCUGAUAUUCACAAGACUGACGUUGAAACGGCUGUGGAUGUUGAAAGGGAUACUGGGGAUGAGACUGGGGGAGGAGGGAAAGGCAGCAGUGGUGAGGAGCGAGGGAACGAGGGAGGGGAUGUGGAGGCAGUUGUGGUUAGGGAUGGGAGUGAGGGAUGGGCUGAGGGCGGUGGCGAGGAAGAGGGUCUCAAGGAUGCAGCAGGGGUGGAAGAGAAGGAGGUGCAAGAGGAGGAGGCGAAUGAGGAGGUGCAAGAGGAGGUGUUGGAAGAGAAGGAGUUGAAAGAGGAGGUGGAAGAGGAGGUUAAAGUGGAGGUGGAAGGGGGGGUGGAAGGGAAGGGGGUCAAUGAGGAGGUGGAAGCGGAGGGGGUGGAAGAGGAGGAGGUGGAAGAGGAGGUGAAAGAGAAACAGGUGCAAGAGGAAGAGGUGGAAGAAGUGGAGCAUGGGAGGAAGAAGAGGAGGAAAAGGCACAAGGAAAGGGAAAGAGUUGUGGAGAAGGAGAGGGAGGAGAAUAACGAGGAAGAGAAAGAGGAAGUGGGAGAUAAAGAGGAAGAAUGGGUCAGGGAAGAGGAAGGGAAACAGGAAGAGGACGCGGAAGAGAAAGCGGAAGAGAAUAGGGAAGGAAAAGUUAAAGAAGGGGAAGAGAAAGAAACUGAGGAAGAGGAAGAGGAAGUGAAACGGGAAAAGGGUGAGGAAACGUUGAGGAUUGAAGCUGCCGUUGAAGAGACUCAAGUGAAUGAGGAAGAAAAGGCAGGAGCGGGCGAAGGAGGAGUUGGCAGUGAGGGCAUGUCUGGAGAGGGUACUGCGAAGGGAGGGCGGGAGGGGGAAAGGACGCUGGGCGAAAGUGUGGGUGGAGAUGUGGCAGAGGUAGAGGCAGAGAAAGAGUCAGAGGAAGGGGCAGAGGAAGGGGCAGUUGAAAAGGCGGAGAAAAAGGCAGAGGAAGGGGCUGAGCUAGAGGCCGAGGAAGAGGCAGGGAAAGAGGCAGAGGAAGAGGCAGAGGAAAAGGCAGAGGAAGAGGCAGAGGAAGAGGCAGGUCUAGAAGAGACUGGUGAGGAAGCAGAUGUGGUGGAAGUGGAAACAGGGGGAGUGGGCUCCGGGAGGGAGAAGGAGGAUGGGUUGCAAGGCACAAGAAGGGAGGCUGCAGAAGUGGGUGAGGAAGGAACAGCACAAGGGGCAGGUGAGGAAGCAGAUGUGGUGGAAGUAAAGGCAGAGGGGUUGGAUUCUGGGGUGCAGGAACGUGCAUUGAGCGAAUCGAGAAGAGAGGCAGAGACGACAGCAGAGCCAGCGGAAGGAGAAGUAGCAGAAGGGGCAUGUGAGGAAGAAGUAGCAGAAGGGACAGGUGAGGAAGCUGAUGUGGUGGAGGUACGGUUGGAGGAAAGAGAGGGAAGAGAGGUGGUGCAAGGAGGGGAGGUAGACUUGACUGAAGCAGCAGUGGUAGAGGAACAAGGAACGGAAUCAGAAGAGGCAGAUGUGCAGGAAGUGGGGAUGGGGAUGGGGUUAUCAGAGGCAAGGAGAGGGGCAGAAGAUUCAGAUGAAGAGGUGAAUGCGGUGGUAGGGACAGCCGGAGAUGCAGAUGUGGUGGAGGUGCGAGAGGAGAAUGAGGAGGAGGGGGUGGAAUCACGAGAAGCAGAUGGGCAGGAAGUGGAAGCAGACGCAGCAGAAGCAGUAGCAGAAGCACCAGGAGGAGGAGAGGCAACAGCAGGGGCAGCAGGAGGAGGUGAUGGGGGUGGGGCAGUGGCAGAGAGAGCGAGGAAGCGGAGGAGAGUGCGCCCCUUGAUGAGGCGAGUGCAAUCCGUCACUGACGCUGCUGCUACUGCAGCGCAGGCAGACCCUAAAGGUGUGGGUGCUGCUAGGGAUAUGCGCGCAGGUACACAGGCUGUGGGUGCUGCCAAUGCUUAUUCCGAUGGGAGUGAUGGGAGUGAUGGUUCUUUGGAUCGUGAAGGUCGUGAUUCGCCCGGUGAUGAUGGUGGGCAUGUGGCAAGUGAUUCUUCUCCUCCUCGUGAUGGUCAUAAAGCGCAUGCCUUGGCAGAUGACACGGACGGUGAUGGUGGUGAUGGUGGUGCUGGUGGUGAUGGUGGUGAUGCUGGUGAUGGUGGUACUGGGGGGGAUAGGCGUGAUGCUGCAUCCCGCCAUGCUCCAGCUGAUUCCGAUUCAACGGAAAGGCAUGGUGGUGGUGAUGGUGGUGGUAGUGAAGCAGCUACUGAGACCGAUACCCCAGUGGCUCUGUCUCCGUCCCCAUCCCUCUCCCCUCCUCCUUCCCCAACGCCAUCAACAUCACCGCCCAAGCCGCUGGUAUUCUGCCUGGGGAGCUUCGAAGCAGGCGAUAUAGUGUGGGCCAAGUCAGGGCGAAAGAAAGACCCCUGGUGGCCUGCUCGAGUGGUAGACCCCAUAUAUGAUGCCCCUGCUGCUGUCAGGAGCGCCGCUGAGGCCGACCGGCUGUGCGUCAUGUUUUUCGGGCCGUCGCUUAGCAAAAAGCGCGACCGGGACUACUCGUGGGUGCCCGAGGGGAGCAUUGUGCCGUUUCUGGACUACUUAGUUAAGUAUGAGAAUCAGGUGCUGACGGCGAGGAAUCGGCCAAAGGAGUUUCGCAAGGCGGUGGAGGAGGCUGUGUUGGAGAGCGAAGGGAUGGUGGGGUAUGAGGAGAUGGAGGGAGGUGGGGGAGAGGGAGGAGAGGAGGGAGGGGAAGAGGAAGGAGGAGGUGGAGGAAUGACGGGAGCUGGUGAGGAUGAUUGGCAGGAGGGAAAGGAUAAUGAUGGGGAUGAGGAUGAGGGAGGGCGUGGGGAUGGGUCGGAUGGUGCUGAUGAUAAGCAUGGGCGGGGUGGAGGAGGUGGUAGAGGUAGAGUGAAGGAAGAAUGGGAUGAAAAGGCAGUGGAGAUGAAGGGAGACGUGGAUGGGAAUGGAUACUUGAGCAACGGUGAUAGUGAUGGUGGUGAUGAUGAUGGGGUAAUCAAGGCACAGCGGAUGAAGAAGCAUGGGGUAGCAACUAAGGAGGCUCCUCACAGAGCCGAUUCCCCACAGGCCGAUUCACCUGAGGAUUCACCUGAGGAUUCACCUGAAGAUUCACCUGGCACUCCAUCCUCCUCACCUGAGGCAGAAGCGGAGGGGGACAACAAGAUAGCAGCGGCGCCACCCAUCCCGGUAGCCCACCCGCCAGUGCCCGUCACAUGCGCGUCCUACAAGGGUUUGUACCUCCCUUCAUGUCACCUCGUGCAGUGCUGCUGCCGCUCCUGCCGGCCCAAUACCAAGGGGAACAGCAGCAAGAGCAGUGGCGCUAGCAGUGCCGCUGCUGGUGGUGGUGGGAGGGAAGGAGGAGGAGUGGGCGGAGGAGCAGCAGCAGGGGGGCCGCUGAUGGCGCUGAGCGAGUUUGAGAAGCAUGCGCAGUGCCGCUCCAAGAAGUGGAAAUCGUCUGUGCUGCUGCAGGAAGCUGAGAAGAAGACAUCCCUCUUUGCCUGGCUCCAGGCAUCCCACGAGGCGGGCGUGAGAGGCCUCCUUUUCUACGAGGACCCUCCCCCGCGCAGCCGCCCGGGCAACCGGCAGCAGGGAAUCAUAUCCACACUGCGCAGCGCGGGUGGCAGCAGCGCGGUCGCAGGAGGAAUCGGAGGAGUGGGAAUGGGUGCAAUGAGAGGCAGAGCCGGUGCAAAGGGGUCAGUGGAUCCCAGGGGGGGUGUGGCGUGGCUGGAGAAGGCUUUAAGUGAGCCGUACGAGGGGGUGGAGUAUAAGUGGACGUCGGAGAGGUGUGCGGUGUGCAACAGCGAUGAGGACUCGGAUGCGAGUCGCAUGCUGGUGUGUGUCAAGUGCGAGAUGGGCGUGCACGAGGAGUGCUACGGGAUCGAGGCCCCGCCUGGCGUGGUGGGGGAGGGCGAGGGGGAGGUGCUGGACGGCAUUCAUCUCGUGGAUCCAGAGCGGUUCAAGCUGGCGUGCUGCAUCUGCCGCCAGCCCUAUGGCGCGUGCAUUCAGUGCGACGGCCCACGCUGCCUGGUGGCAUACCAUGUGGUGUGUGCGAUGAAGGCGGGGUGGAUCAUGGAUGUGGUUCCUGAUGACACGGGCCAGCUGCUCAGAUGCACCUUCUGCCCCAAACACAGGUAG